GCUAUUCCCAGUGCCAAAAGUUCUCAUUUCACUCACCAUGCGAAGGUUAGCAACGUUACCUCUUGGGCUGAAACGCUGCAAUAAUAGAACAAAAAAAAGUAACUGUUUCUGCUCCGUCACGAAGACGGAUAAAUCAUCUGUGGCUGAAAAUUUCUCCAUUUAGAAAAUACAGGCCGUGCAAAAAAACAAGAAAAAAGCCCGAAAGAGAAGGAAAUAAAUUAUUACGUAUAAGAGCGGAAAACAGAAAGGUAUUUAUUACAUAUUAGAGCGGAAAACGGAAGAACCGCCUUUCCCACUCUCUUCCACACCCAUGUGCAGCUGCAGCAGUCUCACCUUCCAUACAUAGGCAAAAUAAAUAAAUAAACAGAAAGUGAAAUAACAGAAAGAGAGAGGAUGAUACUCUCUUUCAGUUUCUCCAAUCCCUCUCAGUCAUUCUUAUCUCCACGCCAUUAUUCCUCUUCUUCAUUUGCUUCUUCUCCGCAUUCCUUCUCUUUCAGAUAUCCCUCGUUUCACACCGCAAUGCGUCGUAGGAGAUUCUCUUCCUCUACAAGGCUCAGAUCCUCAGCCGCUGCCGGAGAUUCUCUAAUCCCCUCUCAAGAACGGGAAGAAGAUAAGGGUGGGCCAGAUGGGCAGAGAGAAAACCCGGAUCUUCAGACGCUCUUGAGGAGAUUUUGGAAAGUUGCUGCUCCUUAUUGGUCGUCGGAUGAUAAAGUUGAAGCUAGGCUAAAGCUUGCAGCUGUCUUCGCGCUCACCUUGGGAACAACAGGAAUUAGUGUUGGCUUUAAUUUCCUUGGGCGUGACUUCUACAAUGCACUUGCCAACAAAGAUCAGGAACAAUUUACGAAGCAGCUUCUCUACUACUUAGGUGCUUUUGCUGGUGGAAUUCCGGUCUUUGUUUUGAAAGACUAUGCAAGAGAGACACUUUCUUUAAGAUGGAGGUCUUGGAUGACAAGCUACUACAUGCAACGCUAUUUUAAGAAUCAGACAUUUUACAAGAUUCAAUCCCAAUCGAUAAUUGAUAAUCCAGACCAGAGGAUUGUUGAUGAUCUGAGUUCCUUUACUGGAACGGCGAUUUCAUUUUCUUUGACACUCUUCAAUGCUGCUGUAGAUUUGAUAUCAUUUAGUAAUAUCCUCUACGGUAUCUACCCACCUCUUUUUGUUAUACUUCUUAUCUAUUCGCUUGGUGGCACAGCUAUAAGUGUAUUUCUUGGAAAGGGACUAGUCAGCUUGAAUUUCAUGCAAGAGAAAAAGGAAGCAGAUUUUCGUUACGGACUUGUACGUGUUCGAGAAAAUGCCGAGUCGAUUGCUUUCUACAGUGGUGAGGGAAGUGAAAUGCAACUUCUGCUGCAGCGUUUCAGGACUGCUUUUGAAAAUUUGAGUCAACUAUUGGUUUCUUCCCGAAAUCUGGAGUUUUUCACCAGUGGUUAUCGCUACCUCAUUCAGAUUCUUCCUGCUGCCGCUGUUGCUCCGAUGUAUUUCUCAGGCAAAAUUGAGUUUGGAGUGAUCAACCAGUCUGUUUCUGCCUUCAAUCACAUCCUUGGUGACUUUUCUCUCAUUGUAUAUCAGUUUCAGGCAAUCAGUGCUUUCUCUGCUGUCAUCGACAGAUUAGGUGAGUUUGAUGACGUUCUGGAUAGCAGCAACUCUUCUGAUCUGUCUGACCCUAUGCAAGAUAUUAGUGUCCUAUAUAGUCAUGUAAGGAGUCCAUCAUCCCUGCAAUCAAAUGGAUCUUUGCCUCUGGAUGAGUGUCAUAAGAUACUGGAGAUUGAGAACUUGACCCUACAAACACCAAAAAGUAAAAGGACUCUUAUUAGUGACUUAUCAUUGGAGCUUUACAGCCAGGAUCACUUACUGGUAAUGGGUCCCAGUGGGACUGGUAAGACUUCGCUGUUAAGAGCCAUGGGUGGUCUUUGGAGUACUGGCAAAGGGAAGAUCACUUUCUAUAUGAUAGAUGCGGAGGAUCCUCAACUAGUCCUUUCACCAAAUAUGGCUCUGCUUGAACCAACAAAUGUACUGAAGGCAGAUAGGGAACUUAAAGGCUUCAAGUACAAAAGAACUAAGGGAAUAUUUUUUCUUCCUCAAAGGCCAUAUAUGGUUUUGGGAACACUUCGUGAGCAAUUGCUUUAUCCUUCAUGGUGCGAAGGUUCACUUCCCAAUUUGGAGAACUCCCAAUCUUCUGCUUCGCUGCCUUUCUUAUUGCAAGUGCCCAACUCAGAUGUUGGCAAGGAGUCCGAUAAGCCCACGGUAGAUGAUCUGAUUCGGGUGCUUGAGGAAGUUCGACUUGGUGAUAUCAUAUCCCGUUUCAACGGCCUGGAUUCAAUAUACGAGUGGUCUAGCGUUCUUUCACUUGGUGAGCAGCAGCGCCUCGCAUUUGCCCGUUUGUUGCUUUCGAAGCCAAAACUGGUUUUAUUGGAUGAAUCUACUAGUGCUUUAGAUGAGGCCAAUGAGGUUCAUUUAUACAAGCUGAUCAAAUCUGCCGGUAUAACAUAUAUCAGCAUCGGCCACCGAGGAACUCUCUACAACUACCACAGCAGGAUCUUACGAAUAUCCAAGCUGGAUUCAGGAAACGGUAGCCAGCGUAACUGGCACCUUGACUCCAUCAAUCAGUCCAGUACCUACGAACCGUCACAGCGAACACUAUAACGCCAGAAGGAACAGUGUGACCCUCCGGAGAAGAGAAAAUGCGACAUGUGCACAUACUUAAAGAAAUUUCAGAUGGCUUCUCUCUGCUGCCCGCCAGAGGAUCCAUGCAAAAAGGAAGAGAGCCCUUUAUCCUUGUGAUAUCCUUGUGAUAUAAACUGAAGCUGGAUCAUGGUUAAAACAAGCAAUUCUUUUCAUCGGUCAUAUUCACGAGGGUCUGCUUCAGAUCCUUUUCAUACUUUACACUUAUGCUGUGUUCUGUAGAACGUAGUUGCUGUUUUUACAGGAGUUAUACACGCUGUGUAUAGGUUAGCUUUCUAUGUGAUUUGAUCUUAGCUGGACAUUGCUCAGAAACAUACACCUGCAUUCAUGUACAUGCUUACACUUGUUUUGAAAGUGGAAACACCAGAUUUGGCACAUAUUUCCUCGAA